AUGGCAGUUGGUUUUGAGCCAACUCGCCCAACGUGCCCCAGACCAGGUGCAUCAGCAUUUUGCAGAUUUGGAUGCUCAGAACCUGCACACAGUAAUGGUUUCUGGAAAGGUGGUGAAACUUGUGCGGCUGGAGCAUCGCACAUACUAUAUGCUUGGGCGAGAAAUGAUUAUAUCUUGAUAUUCCAUUAUGCUCAACCGUUUGCUGGUGAUGUGAAGGAUUUCUCUGGAGUUACACUGCAUAUGACUCAAAAGCAACCCCAAAACUUUGCCGCGGGGAGUCUAAUCCCGCCUGGCAGAAAUCAAGUUCAAAGUAAAGUUUUGUUUGAUUUUCUUAAUUUUUUUGGAGCAGAAGGUCUACAUCUGUUCUUCUUGCAGAUCAAUAUGAGUUGUGAAUACGACCAGACAACAGAAUUGCAUCCAUUCGCUUUCCGAACCCAUACCCAUGCUAUGGGUCGGGUCGUGUCUGCAUAUUAUAAGCACGAAGGCCAGUGGACCAAGAUAGGAGCAAGAAAUCCUCAGUGGCCUCAGCUUUUCGAAAUGAUUCCUACUAAUCCGGUCAUUAGAAAAGGAGAUUUAAUGGCAGCGACAUGCCGAUUCGACUCGCAUGACAAAACCAAGCCGGUGGCCAUGGGAAGUAUGGGAAUAAAUGAAAUGUGCAACUUCUAUAUGAUGUUCUACUGGGAUGCUUCAAAGGAAAACCCGUUCCCCUGGGGUGCAGUGUGCGGUGGACAGGAGCGAAUGAAUGAGAUGAGAGCGGAAUAUCCCAAAGAAGGAACACAACUGCUACCUUCUCGUCCCGAUCUUGAGCAUCAUGCAGCACAAAGCAAGGUUCGUUGCAUUCAUCUGCUUUUUUAA